AUGCAGACGCCGAUGAUGACUCCGCAGACGACGCUCUCGAGCGGCAUGGGCGGCAUCGGCAGCGGGCAAACGCCGGGGACUCCCGGCACGCGGCUAGGCGGCUCCGGCGGGUCAGUGCGCGGCCGCCCGGCGAAGAUCGCCCCCGACAUGAGCAGAAUCAUCUACGUCAGAAACCUCCCCUUCAAAAUCACAGACGACGAACUUUACGACAUCUUCGGCAAAUACGGAGCGGUCAGACAAAUUCGGAAGGGAAACACAGACAAGACUCGCGGGUCAGCGUUUGUCGUCUACGAGGACGUCUUCGAUGCUCGCGCCGCAGUCGAUCAGCUCUCCGGUUUCAAUGUCGCUGGCAGGUAUCUGAUUGUCUUGUACUACAACCCUCAGAAGGCUGCGCAGCGCCAGCAGAUGCUUGCGCAGAAGGAGGAACUGGAGCGCAUUCGCCAGUCGUACCAGAAGAAAGGCGCGUAA